AUGCCUUCACUUCUCUCUUCGACUCUGGAUUGCUUGCCUCAUUGUUGUCUCUCUCAUACCUUGGGCGUUGGUUUCGUUGUUCUCUUUCUCCUUGGUGCGUUAACGUCUUUGGUGGUUGCCUUGGUAUGGUGGUUUCAGCGAGUUAACUUAUGCUAUUGUGCCGACAGUCUUCAAGUCAACAACGAUCAUAGUGCAAGCUACUUCGUUGGGGUCGGCGGUCACAGUAGAGACGGCUUUCCUCAUACCCCCUUCGUCGUCCGAUUUUUGAUCUUAAGCCUUACCUUUAGAAGAAGACAGCCGUUGUCCAGAGAUUUGGCGUGGAUGGCUUUUCACCUAGGGUCUAUAGCUUUGAUCCUUCUUUUCACGAUGUUGGGCCAAGGUUUUGGCAACUAG